AUGCCAACAACGACAUCAGCUGCUGAGGAAGAUGCAUUGUGUGGCGAAGAAUUGACCCACGACGCAGUGUGCAUUGCUAAAGAAGUUGAGCAAAUGUUGGAGGGCUCUGCUUCUAUGGUCUCAGAUGGUGGUGACACUCGUCGAGGGUGGAAGUGUGUGCUCAAAGACUGUCUGUUCAUAACACCAUCCGCGACAGUGUUAUGGGACUAUGCACAGGAGAUCGUACAACACAAUAUGGAAUACGCACAUACUCAUCCACACAUGCCACACCCCACUCACCCCCCCAUCCAAAUGUCGCGCCGCGAUGAAUGCCUCCUUGCAUUGAUGGUGGAGGAUAGGCGCGAAGCAGUGAUUCGGCUAUGGCAGGAGUUGAACGAGAUCAAGCACCUGUUGGGUUUAGAGCACAUUUAG